AUGUUCGAGCAAUUGAAGAUGCAAAAACGUGUGGUGAUAGCUCCUUUGGUUAAGCGGAAGGAAAAUGGUGAUAGUAUUCAUUUGAGUGAGGAAGAUUCGAGACUGUAUCUUGGGGUCAGUGCUGUUUAUCCGGAUGGAGAUAGGACCAGUCCCAUAAAUGCCUCCACUCUCGAUGAUUAUCUCGCACAAUGCCCCGAAUAUGAUUCAUCACAAGACGAUUUAACAGAAGGGACAGAGAUCCCUUCUAUUUCUCGAAUCUCAACACUGAAGCUUGAGAUGACCACUGGUGAAGAGGGAGAGGUGUUUCAACACUUGAUACACCUUGACUCCUUGGAAAUGCUGGAAGCACCGGCGCUGGAAACGACCCCACCAGCCUUGGUGAAGCAAUUUCUUGUGAAGCUUUUGUAUUUUGGAUCAUACGAUAACAAUUCGGAGUACUCGUUAAGCUCGAUUCUCACAAUUGCCGAUAAUGGUGAACCUCUAGCUAUUCAGCUCAACAUCUCGCAGGAGAAGAUCAAGGGCAUACGGCAGAUCCUCUUCAAGGCAAAUAUUCCGAGAACUGCAGGUAUUAGCGUUAACUUAUUUGAGUUCUUCUAUCUUUUAAACGAGCAACAUCUCCGAAACAAAAAACUCACUCAAAUGUUACUGGAUGAUCGUGUCACUCUAAAGCAGAGAAUCAGUGAAAUUUCGGAAAAUCUACAAAAUUUACAAAAAGAUCGCGAUCAAAUAGCUGACAACUUCCAAAAAAAAGUUCCUCUUCUGCUGAACUCCAAAAAGGAAAAAAUACUAGAACAGUAUAAGGAAAUCAACGAGUUGCUCGAAAGACUAGGGGAAAAGCCCAAAUAUGGCAUAUAUGAUAGCAGAGAUGGGUUGAGAUACGAUUCCAUCACAGACAUGGAUGAGCUUGUUGAGCGGGUCAGAAGGAGGCAGCAAGAACUGAGUCCCAAGAAGAGGAAGAACGUUUCAAAGUCUGAAAAUCCGUCACCUUCAAAAGUGAAGAAAGAGUCUGAGACCACACCAACCAAGUCAAGGGAACCACCCAAAUUUCAAGAGCCAUUGACACCCACCAGAUCAAAAAUAUUUACCCGUGAUCAAACUUCCCAAUCUCCACCAAGCACAACCGAGGGUUUGCUAGAGGCAUCCGACGAUUCGCUGGAUACAUACUAUUCUACUAGUGACGAGAACGAGGAGAUCCAUCAGAGCAUAGUGGAUACCCAGCCAGACUCCAUCACCGACACCGUCGAGACCAUUGCCGAUUUGGGGAUAUGA